AUGAAUUUUAAUUACAUCCCCACUACCCAACCCUUGUCAGGGACCUCGACGGGGCGCAGCUCCCCGAGUGAUGUGACUGGGCCUGGAAACACAAGAAUGCCGUUUGGUCCUUCUCCAGGGUCCAUCGGCAGCUCAAGACCGAGGGCUGGAUCCCCUUCUCAUGAUUUGGCGUCACGUCUGUACUCUAAGCGAGCUCGUGAAAUCCAAGCGCAAGAAGGCGUUUCUCCUAGCAUUUGGGGUCCCCCUACCAGCGGCCAUUCUACCCCACUUCGCGAGAACAUUCCUGAAUCGCCGAGUCAAGAUAGCUUCCCCGAUCUCAUCACAGCCUCUAGUGGCUCCAUCGAUAGUCCAGGGCGCCGAGCUCGCGCAGGAACGGUACCAUCUCGAUUUCCUCCGAUGGGCACAUUAAAUGAGAUGGGUCUCCAGCCACCAUACAUUUCGCAGACAUCACGACCAACACCAUCCACCAGCCCGUUUAGGCCUCCUGGCGUUUCUGGGAUAGAUACAGGUCCAAAGAUUGCGACCUCAGCUGCUGGUUCCAAUCCGACCUCGCUUUCUCGCCUUCGAGCCGGUUCGAUGCCGCAGAGGAGCGACUUUUUGGGAGGUGGUGGCCCCUUCGGUCCGUCGUUGUUUUCAACCAAUUGGUCCGCGGGACGUGACAGAGCUACGACUUUGACCAGCAUCCGAUCAUCCGAAGGGCCGACAUCACCCAGCCACUCUUCGUACUCCAGGGAUGGACUCGCGGAUACCGAUGUGAAGACACUGGACUACCUGGGGCUUGCUGAGACCCCUCAGCAAGCAAGGGCUUCUCUGGCACGUCCUUCGAUGGAGGCAUUGAUGCAACAGCAGCAGCAACAACAACAAGCCUCCGCGCUACCGCCACUCCUGGCUGAGUUGGCAAUGAUGAAAAGCAAUAAUCGGUUCCGGUCUUACUCUGUCAAUGCUAAGGAGAAGUACGCCGACGACGAGGAUCUCGAAUAUGAAAAUCGUUACUCUCAACUUCCUACUGGCAACCUGACUCCAAAUGCUGCUGCAACCGCCGCUCAAUUGGCCGCUACACAAGCGCAAAUUCACCAGCACAACCUCGCAGUUCAAGCUUUUGCCAGCCAUGCCUCCGUCAGCAGGCCCCGAGCACGAACUGCUGGUAUUUUGGAGGCACCUCCUCAGCGAUCUUCCAUCCGCAACUACCUUGCCACUCCUUCCCGUCUCGACAACAGCUUCAGUGCUUCUGACUUGCAGAUUGCCGAGAACGGUGAGUAUGACGAAUUGUCCGAGGCAGUUCAACUCAUGCACCUUGGAGGAGGAGGUCCUGCUAUUCCAGCUAUGGCGGGCCGACAAGCCGGCGAGAUGGCAGAUGAGAACAACCAGGAUGGCCCCACCCGGGCACUUUGGAUUGGUAGCAUUCCUGUCUCAACUACUGUCACAUCUUUGGAGGCCAUUUUCGGCAUGUACGGAAAGAUUGAGUCGACGCGUGUUCUGACCCACAAGAACUGUGGCUUUGUCAACUUCGACCGUGUCGACAGCGCUGUGCAGGCCAAGUCGUUACUUAAUGGCAAGGAGAUCUUCCCUGGGGCAGGACCUGUCAGAAUUGGUUAUGCCAAAGUGCCUGGGGCAUCGGCUACAGGUACUCCCGGUGCAAACGGCAUUCAGUCCUCGCCAACACCCGACCCGAACUUUGGCUCUAAUCUCGUGGCAGCAGAUGGCUCGGAUAGGACUGACCAGGCUAACGUUGUCCCUCAGAUCCCGGCUUUGGCGGAUCUGUUGCCUGAGAUGAUGCAAAUAGUACAGGAAUUCGGUGCCAGUGAAGACGACUUGCAAAACAUCACCAAUAGCAUCCAAACCUCCAUCGCCUUCCAAGCUUUCGAGGAUGAAAUCCCCUCGGUUCAGGAGCCGAGCCAGUCCCGCAUGUUCGAUGCCCCUCGUCUUCGUGACAUCCGUAAGCGUAUUGACAACGGUGCAUGCUCCAUCCAAGAGAUUGAGGAGACGGCCGAGGCUAUGCUUCCCGAGAUUGCAGAGUUGGCAUCCGAUUAUUUGGGCAACACCGUCGUUCAAAAAUUGUUCGAAUUCUGCUCCGAAGUUACCAAAGAGCAGAUGCUGUCUCAAAUUGCACCCCAUCUUGCCGAGAUCGGUGUCCACAAGAAUGGAACUUGGGCUGCACAGAAGAUCAUCGAUGUCGCCAAGACUCCUACACAGAUGCAGCUAAUUGUUGACGCUCUCCGCCCUUAUACUGUUCCUCUUUUCUUGGAUCAAUACGGCAACUAUGUCCUGCAAUGCUGUCUGCGAUUUGCCAGUCCCUUCAACAGCUUUAUCUUUGAGUCUAUGCUCAGCCGCAUGUGGGAAAUCGCCCAGGGACGUUUCGGUGCCCGAGCGAUGCGGGCUUGUUUGGAAAGCCACCAUUCCACCAAAGACCAACAGCGAAUGCUCGCAUCUGCUAUCGCUCUUCACAGUGUGCAAUUGGCUACUAACGCGAAUGGCGCUCUUUUGCUCACUUGGUUCCUUGAUACUUGCACAUUCCCUCGCCGUCGGACAGUCCUGGCUCCCAGACUCGUGCCCCAUCUUGUUCACCUCUGCACCCACAAGGUUGCAUACUUGACUGUCCUUAAGGUGAUCAACCAGCGCAACGAGCCGGAAGCUCGCGACAUUGUGCUGAAGGCACUUUUCUUCAGUCCCGGUGAUGAAGUUUUGGAAAAGAUCCUGAGCGAUCAGACAUCUGGUGCAACCCUGAUCUUCAAGGUCCUGACCACCCCAUUCUUUGAUGAGUCCAUGCGGACUGAAGUCGUGAAGAACGUGUCUAAGGUUCUCACAAAGCUCAAGGCUUCCCCCAGCCAAGGCUAUAAGCGUUUGAUGGAUGAAGUUGGUCUCUCCUCGCGAGGCAGCGGUCGGGAGCAUCACCAUGGCCGCGACGGAGCUGGCCAUUCCACUCCUGAGAAAUCGCAACACCGCCAAUCUUCCCGCCAUGGAAGCUCGGGAUAUCCAGCCCAGCCAUCUAUGGACAGACAGUACAAUGGACAAUAUGCUCCCAACAACUUUGGACAGAGCCCCGAUUCUCGCCCAAUGACGUCUGACCAGGUCAACCCCGCAUCUCUCGACCCUUACUCAAGCAACGGGCUUGGAGGCCAUCUCAACGGUAUGCCCGGUGCAGCUGGUUAUCCGCAGGAACCUUUGAGCCAGCAACAGCUCCAAUACCAAGCCUAUCUCGCCGCCCAGGCUCGUGGUGUUCCCCAGGGCUACCCAGGUAUGCCGGCAGCCAAUUAUGGUUAUCCAGCUGGCUCACCAGCCAUGGAUAACCUGCGAUCGCUGCCACAGCAGACCUCCCCGCUCUCCGGACCGGGCCAGAUGAGUCCUAGCCCGAUGCUCGGCCAGAACAACUACCCGCAGUUCAGCCCCGUCGUUAACCCCGCCCAGAUGUACCCAUAUCCUCCGCAAUACUACCCCCAGGCACAGCCUGUGCAGGGGCAGUCCGGCGGAGGCCGACGUGGACGAGUGAGUUCAAUCUCGGAUCGACCCUAA